AUGUUCCAACCCUACAACCUUACUCCGUUAGACCAUUUUUCGCCUCCAGGGCAUUUCACUUUGUGUCUCAAGUUUAGUUUGAUUGGCAAGGAUUUUGUGCAGGUCCUUCGGCGAAUGGAGGAUGCAUUAGCUCGUGUGGUCUCUGAAUUUCCCUUUCUGGCUGGGAUGGUGGUACCAUCUACCCAGCCAGAUGGUAGAAGCAACGUACUUCAGGUGCGGCCUGCCACUGCUGCUGAGCUUGAAGAAUGUCCUAUUCUGGUCACUAUACAUCAUACAGAGCCCACUGCUCUCACUGUGGAUGGGAAAUUCAACACUGCCUUGAUGCCGUUCCCAAUCGUCUACCCACCAUGUAACCCUUCUCCUGUGGUACGGUUGAAGGCUAAUGUGAUGGGAGACGAGUUGCACCUGGUCUUGUGCUUUGAUCACCGAGUAAUGGAUGGGUCAGGGGUUUUUGUUUUGCUCUAUACUUUCGCCGCGUUCUGUUGUGAUCCUAAUGCCACGGGUUCACCCACAACUCCACAUGCCCAAGAAGAAACAAGGCAGCAUAUCGAUGAAAUUGCAUCUGCAGCCACGCCGCAGGAUCUUCAAUGGACCACAUUUCCUACCCCAACAAGCGAAGACGAAGUAUCCUCAGAUUUUAGUCGAGUGCCUAUCAGUUCUCCUCAUGUACUCGAUGGCCUAAAAAUAAAAAUGCUGUACGACGCCUGCAAUUCGGCUUUACAGUCUCUUCCUGCGAAAUAUAGGAAGGAUCUUCCCGAGGUGUCCCUUCGACCGCGUCUGGUCGUCAGCGCCCUGGUUGGCACAUGUAGCAGUCGCGCCCGCUCGAGGGCUUUCCCCGAUGAGCAGGAACUCCCAUCCGACAUUUUCAUCAUGGAAAAUACUCGAAAGGCACUCAAUUUACGUCGGGGAUAUAUGGGCAAUACUAUCAUGGGCACCCAAAGCACGUGUAAUGGCUCUGCGCAUCCUCCACCUGAAGUCUUGCAAAAUAUUCAUGUGCCAGAGCCUCUCAGCCCGAUAGGGCCGGAAGAUAUCUGGCGGAUCUGCAACGUUGCCCAGACUCUCCAGGAAGCAUCUGGACACCUGGGCGAGCAGCAUGCGCAGGGCAUAGUCGCAACAAUGUCCCGCGAACGUGACUGGAGCUCAUUCCGACCCGGUUGGGGUGUGAAUUUUCUUGUAUCUGAUAUCAAGUCAGCAUCGCCUUAUGUGAACUUUGGGCCACUCGGAGACCUUCAGUUGUUCGACUUGCAUUUCGAUACAGCUCCUGGCUUUUGCUGGAUAAUGCCUAGUCUUCCGUCUGAUUCUGCAUCGCCAUAUUCAUGCUGGAGAUUGCGAUGGAAUUUGGAACGUGCGGCAAUGGAGUGUCUAUCGAGCGAUCCCCUCUUCCAGUGGGCUUCAACUCCUAGUACAGUCUCCAGACAAACCAAAGUCUAA